AUGUCUUAUCCCUACAUCGGCACACCCGAGUACACCGGUACCGGCCCCAACGGCGGUGAUUCACUCACGACAAACUUGAACCAAUGGUACGACCGCGGAGACAUGGCCUACAUCCUCGUAUCAACAGCCAUGGUCUGGUUCAUGAUUCCCGGUAUCGGAUUUUUCUAUUCUGGAUUGGCGCGGAGAAAGAGUGCGUUGAGUUUGAUUUGGCUGUGUAUCAUGAGUUGCGCAGUCGUUAGUUUUCAAUGGUAUUUCUGGGGAUAUUCGCUAGCAUUCUCACCGACGGGGACUUCGGGGUUCAUCGGUGACCUCCACCACUUCGCAUUCCAAAACGUCCUCGCGACACCCUCCCCCGGCUCAGCCCUCAUCCCAACCCUCAUCUACGCCAACUUCCAACUCAUGUUCGCCGGCGUCACCGUCGCCCUCGUUAUCGGCGCCGCAGCCGAACGUGGUCGUAUGUGGCCAGCGAUGGUGUUUUGUUUUAUUUGGACGACAAUCGUGUACUGUCCCGUCGCAUACUGGAUCUGGAAUCCGAAUGGGUGGGCGUUCAAGUGGGGUGUGCUCGAUUAUGCGGGUGGUGGGCCUGUUGAGGUUGGUUCGGGUAUGGGUGCGUUGGCGUAUUCCUGGGUUUUGGGGAAGAGACGUGGGAGUACUCAUGCGAACUUGAAUUACCGUCCGCAUAACGUUACGUACGUUGUUUUGGGUACCGCGUUCCUCUGGUUCGGAUGGUUUGGGUUUAACGGUGGUUCCGCGUUCGGAGCAAACUUGCGUGCGGCCAUGGCUUGCACGAUUACGAAUUUGGCUGGAGCGUGUGGUGGUAUCACAUGGGUUCUUCUCGAUUAUAGGUUGGAGAGGAAGUGGUCCGUCGUUGGGUUCUGUUCGGGUGUGGUUGCGGGUUUGGUUGCGUCCACUCCGGCGUCUGGAUUCGUUACUGUGCACGCGGGUGUGAUUAUCGGUGUCGUCAGUGGUGCGGCGUGUAAUUACGCUACCAAGCUCAAGUACUUGAUGAGAAUCGAUGAUGCGCUCGAUGUGUUCGCCGAACACGGCAUGGGUGGAAUCGUUGGUAACAUUUUGGUUGCGCUCUUCGCUACUGAUUAUGACACCGCUCUUGACGGUAUUCUUGCUGGUGAUGCCGCGAUUGCUGGUGGAUGGUUUAACCACAACUACCGCCAGCUAGGGUUGCAGAUUGCGUAUACUUUGGUGGUCGCGGCAUACGUCUUCAUCGUCACCUCUUUGAUCCUCUUCAUCAUGGACCGCUUCGUCCCGUCCCUCUCUCUUCGGGCGUCUGAGGAAGCUGAGAUUAAGGGUAUCGACGAAGACCAGAUCGGUGAGUUCGCGUACGAUUACGUCGAGGUGAGGAGAGAUUACAUGACCUGGGGUGAUCCCGUCGCUCAAUCCACCGUUGAGGGACAGGAGGCGCCCGAGGGUACCGCUGGCCUCGGAAACGUUACUGGACCAAAUGGUCUCGUUAGCGGUAAGCUCGUCAAGUUUAACCAGCCUUACCAGGGCGAUAACGGCGAUUCGGGUGCCUCGGUGGAUGGAGGCUCUGGUGCUUCGCAGCCGCCUGGUGCGCGUGAUCCGGCGUUGAACGCAACGGGGUCUGGAAGUGGGUCUGCUGCACCGACGGGUCCUGCGCCUGGGUAUGUGAGCAGACAACCUAGUCUGAGGACUAGAGAGGAUGAUAUUGAGAUGGAGGUAAUCGAUGGAGAGGGAACGGGGGAUUUGGAGCAGGGUCAUGGCGAGGGACAUCAUCACCCCGGGUUUAGCCGUCAAGUCGGUGAGAGUGCGAGGCAUGGUGGAUCUUCGGGUGCUUUUGCCUGA